AUGGACGAGGCUCAGCACGCGUGGUACGAGGAUGUGCGAGCGUACGUGGAUAUGCGUGGCCCAUGGCCUGAAGCCCAUGAAAAGGCCGUAAGUGAGCCGUAUAGGUACUUGGAUGCGCACCCUGGCAAGGAGCUUCGCUCGCAGCUCAUCGACGCGUUCAAUGUAUGGAUUCACGUCCCACCGACGCAGCUAGAGUAUGUCAAGUGUGUCGUACGUCGACUGCACACGGCGAGCCUGCUUAUGGACGACGUCGAAGACAAUUCGGACCUUCGCCGUGGCGUGCCUGCGGCGCAUACGAUCUACGGCGUACCGCAAACGGUCAACACGGCCAACUAUGUCUACUUCCAAGUCCUCUCGGACAUUGUGCAGCAGCAACCGGAUGCCAUGCCGGCUAUGAUCGACGAACUGGUGCGCCUACAUCGGGGCCAGGGUAUGGACUUGUUCUGGCGCGAUAGCUUGCAGUGCCCUACCGAGCAAGAGUAUGUCGAUAUGGUCGUGAACAAGACCGGCGGCCUGUUUCGCAUUGCCCUGCGGCUGAUGCUGGCAUCCGCGCCCACACCGCCUACCGUGGAUUUGGCGCCGCUCGCGAAUGUCAUCGGUAUCUAUUUUCAAAUUCGCGACGACUAUGUCAAUUUGCAAAGCACACAGCUGGCCCAACACAAAGGGUUCUGUGAAGACUUGACAGAAGGCAAAUUCUCCUUCCCCAUCCUGCAUGCCAUACGCACAGCCGAGCCGGAUCGAACGCUCUUGCACAUCCUGCGGCAGCGCACGACGCACAUCGAGACCAAAAAGUACGCGAUCGAGUACAUGGAGCGUGUUACGCACAGUUUCAGCUAUACCCGUACAGUGCUCCAAGCACUCGCACAGCAAGCGGAAGACGAAUUGACCCACUUGGAGCAUGUAUUAGGCGCGAACCCAGCGCUGCAUUCCAUUCUGGACGUGCUUGCUCGGCCAUGCUAA